AUGAAGAUAUCAGCUACACUUCCCAUCAUCUUAAUUCCCUUUGCCCUCGCCCAUGCUCACGGCAUAUCACCCGCGCACAACCAUCCAGGAAGAAGAUCCAAUCCACUCAGAAAUGUAAAUUCUAGAUCGGCGCAGCUGUAUGGGAGACAACAUUCCGCAGGUUUGUUGGGUGGUUUGGUGGAUGAUGAUUCGACUUCCAGCAUUUCAUCCCACGCUUCAUCCGCUUCUGCCCGAAGUACCAUUGCGCCCCUCACCACCUCAGCUUCCACAUCGGUAUCAACAGACAACAAUGCAGAUGAAGAUACUACUAUCGAUGUCACUUCCAAAGUGACUACGUCCGUUACCGGCCUGACUACCGCUUCACCUACUGGCUCAUCCUUGAUCUCUUCUGCGAUCAGCGGAUCAAUCUCGGCUUCCUCUUCAAUCAUAUCUUCAGCAAACCUCACUUCUGCUGUCAACUCAACUUCGACCGAAACUUCUACUGCUACCGAAGCCACUUCUUCCUCUGCUGAAAGUUCUUCAGCGUCCGUGCAAUAUACGACCGAUGCAGCGGGUCAGACCCAACUAGUCACCGUAAUCCUCACAGCGCCAGCAGCUACCGCCGCCGAAUCAACUUCAUCCUCUACCUCUUCUGCCAAAUCGAAGAGCGAUGGUGACUCGAUCCCCACUGCUGCUAUAAUCGGUAUCAGCGUUGGUGUCGGAGUCGUCGUUAUUGCCCUGAUUGCAUUUGCAGUAUGGAGGAUGAAGAGGAGGAACGGUGAUGAGGAUGAGGCUAUCCGAUGGCCUGAACUCAAUAGACAUGGUGAUUCAGAUGCACACCAUGCAUUACCAGCUCGUCAAACGGGUCAACAUGGCUUUGAGACCAACCCUCUAUCCAGAUCGUUAUCCAACUCAUCAUCAAUCUUCGCUCCUUCCUCUACUGCUCAACUCAAUACUGGAGGGGCAAAUGCAGGUGGACCUCAACCUAUGGCAUUGAAUGGAAGUUCGUUCGGAGCGUCAAGCUCGUUAGAAGAUGAUUAUAUCAACGAAAAACAGAGUGUUCAUUCUCAUGGACAUGAACAUAGAAGUCAUGAUGAUCAUGAUAAUUACACUUCGCUGCCACCUCCUGUCCAACCUCAUCUGUACGGUGGACAUGGACAAAUGGAAGAUGAAGAUCCUUAUGGAGGGAUGACUAUCACGAACGAUCAACAUGUCACGUUACCUAAUCCCCAUGAUGGAUAUCAAGGACAAGGUCAAGGAAGACCGGGAUUUAGAUUGGAUUAA